UCGCGUUUACUAGGAUGCUAGAUGAUGGUUUGAUUGUUACAUUUUAAUGGUUGAAGCUGAAAUGAAUAAUAAUAAAACAAUAAAGAAAGAAGAGUGGCAAGGAGAUAUAUUGGCCGCUCCCUCCCUUCCCUUCCCUUCCCUGUCGGAAAGCAGCUACUGUUUUGUCAUGCGCGUUUUCUGAAAUCGAACCAAUCCAAUCUCUCCUCCUCCCUUCCAAAACGAAAUUAAAAGAAAAAGAAAAGAAAAAAUUUGUGGGUCCCAUUCACUUUCCCCCAAAUCACUUCUCGAAAGAGAAAAAAAAGGAAAGGAUGGAAAGCACCAGCAGCACAGCAGAGAGCAAGAAAGAGAAGGAGAGGGGAGGAGAAAAAAAGGUUGAAAUAUACCACGCGUUUCCCCAAACUUCCUCAGUCCUCUUCUCCCUCUCUCUCUCUCCUUCAAAAACCCUAAUUUCCUCUCUCUAAACCUCCAUCAACUCCACCAAAUUGAUUCCUCCUGCUCCCCGUUCCUCCGAUCUAUUCGAAAAUCACCGGUGUAGCAAGCUCGACAGAUUAAUACUGCGAGCGUUUGUUCGUUUCCGAUGGACGACGAGGCGAAUAAGAAUAAUCCCGAUCCAGCUGUCGACGACUUCGCCAUCAGCGACUCCAGCUGCUGGACGACGCUCGGAUCCACAGCGGACACCGUCAACUACUUCUUCUCCGGCGACAGGCACGAGAGCUCGAUACUCAGCGAAUUCGGGUGGAGCUGUACCGCUACCUCUCCUCCUCCUCCUCCUCCUCUCCUCCACCACCACCACCACCAGAGUGUUGGAGAGCGGGUCGGCGGUCCGGCAGCUGGAAUAGGAACGCCUUCUGAGAGCAGCAGCAGCGGUAUACAAGGAUCCGGAGUUGGAUCGGGAGAUGUGGCGUCGGUUUCGAAUCCGUCGGUGUCGUCGAGCUCGAGCGAGGAUCCGGCGGCAGAGAAGUCUACGGGAUCGGGCGGUAAGCCGCCUGAGAUACCGAGCGGCGCAACGGCGAAGAAGAAAGGGCAAAAGCGGAUCCGGCAGCCACGCUUCGCCUUUAUGACCAAGAGCGAAAUCGACCACCUCGAAGACGGCUACCGAUGGCGGAAGUACGGCCAGAAGGCCGUCAAAAACAGCCCUUACCCCAGGAGCUACUACCGGUGCACGAACAGCAAGUGCACGGUGAAAAAGAGGGUGGAGAGGUCGUCGGAGGAUCCGACGAUCGUGAUCACGACGUACGAAGGGCAGCACUGCCAUCACACCGUCGGAUUCCCACGUGGCGGAAUCAUCGGCCAUCAUUAUCACGAUGCAGCCACGUUCGGCGGUGGCGGACCCUUGUUAACUCCAGCGCCGAUGAUGUCGCAUUUCUACCACGUCCCGGCCGGAACUAUCCAGUUCGCCCACGGCGGCGACACGCCGUCACCGGCCGCCAUGAUGCAGCAGCCACCGCAAGCAGGGGAUCAUCAACAUCAAGUAGCAGGAGAAGGUAGAGAAAUAAUUGCUUCGACGCCGACAACUACUAGUUCCCACCGCCACGACCAGCAGCGGGACAAGAUUCCUACCGACGAAGGACUGCUCGGCGAUCUUGUGCCUCCUGGAAUGCGCAACAGAUGAAUUGCAUGUACACAAAAGAAGAACAAGGAUUACAUGGUCUGUGGCGCAAGUAGUAUUUCUACGGUGGCGGAGCGACGGUUCGGUUCGUAUAUCGAUGGUAUUAUGUAGGAUAUUAAUUAAACCCCUUGAUUGGGUGAGCCCAAGUACUUACUGGUCCCUCGAGAAGCAUGCGAUUAGAAUGGGCCAUGCAAAUGCCCACCCACCACCAGCAUUAAUCCCGUGGUUGGGCCCUCGAUACACGCUUAUCAUCCAGAUCGCCAUCAAGUGGGGGUAACUAUAUCAUUAAUGUAUCUUAAUCAUGAUUAGAAAGCUGAUGUUGAUUAUGAUGCUGAUGCAAUAUUGUUUGUAUACUAAAGUGUGAAUAGUGGAAUUGGGGGAGGGAAUAGUUGUGGUGGGAGGAGGAGAGCCUGUAGGAGAAGGGGUGAUGAUUUUUUCCCCCUUCAAAUCCACUACUGUUGCUUGUGGUCCAAGUAAGUACAAUGAUGGUCUAGUUAGGAUGCAUGGUGGGCUCAGGGGCUAGAUUGUACUACUGUAUUUACAGAGCAGAAUCCCAUUCUUCCUGGACGAGAAGAUCAUUUCACUUCUCUAUCUUUGUUGUGGCAGAGAGAACUAUGACUUAUUUAUCCAGAAAAAAAAAAGUACUGCUGUAAUAUUUCACCAUUGUGUAACUGUUCUUGAUCUUCAUUCCUUGCGUGUG